CAGCCCCCCUGGAGGCUAGUUUGGAGGAGCCCCCGGCGUCCCUUUCCCCGGGCCUUCUGGAAAGUCAGCGCAAUGAGCGGCCGAGUCCAGUGCUUUCUGUCUGGAGAGCAGCUUGAUCUUUGGCCUUAGCCCUCGGGUUUCAGUCAGCGUUCGCAACACACCCACCCGACGCGUAGUUUUCCAGAAGCAAACCUAGCUGCAUCUUUGAACAUCGGCUCCCUUAAACUUGAAUGUUCGCUUGGAAAUGAGAACUUCUGGAAAGAUCAUAAACCGAAAUUCUUUGCCCACCCCCUCUCCACCCAGCCAGGCCCAUGGCUUCUAAAGCCAGCGAAUUAGGGGGGUCCUGGUGUAGAAAUGGGCAUAUUUUAAACUCUUAGGCACAUUCUCUGCCCUGAUCGAAGGCGGAUAGACGUUUUGAGCCGAUGGGGCUAAUCUUUUGGGUAGUUUUAGGGACACUUGAGAUGAAAAUGCUCCCUGUUCGGCGUGAAGAGAGCUCAUUUCUGACAGUCCUUUACGUAACUUUCUUUUGAGGUACAUGACUGCCCAACAAAUAACUCCUCUAGGCAGACAUUCAAGUUAUUUUUAUGCAGAGACUGGAGUUUCCUAAGUUACUCUGGAGUCCGACGGUUUGAGGCCGUCUGAGAGGGAAGCCUCGAGAUCCCUUUAUCAGUGGCCUAGCCACUUCUCGCUUUAUUCAAGGUGGAAUUUGAACAAGGCACCCCGGCUGCUGGAAGAUGCUCACGAUGGCGAUGUGCGUGGCCCUCCUGGGCUGUCUGCGGGCCCAGGAGCUCGGGGGACACGUCUCCGUAAUCCUGCUGGGAGCCACUGGGGACCUGGCCAGGAAGUACUUGUGGCAGGGGCUGUUCCAGCUGUACCUGGACGAGGCGGGCCAGGCCUACAGCUUCAGCUUCCAUGGGGCUGCCCUGACGUCCACCAAGCAGGGCCAGGAGUUCAUAGCCAAGGUCAUGGAGUCCCUCUCCUGCCCGGAGGACGUGGCGCCUGGGCGCUGUGCCGAGCUCAAGGGCCAGUUCCAGCAGCUGAGCGGCUAUCACCGCCUGAAGACUGGCGAGGACUACGCGGCCCUGAGCACGGACAUUGAGGCGCGGGUCCAGCGCCAGGGCGUCCGGGAGGCUGGCCGGAUUUUCUACUUCUCGGUGCCGCCCUUUGCCUACGCGGACAUUGCCCGCAACAUUAAUGGCAGCUGCCGCCCCGGCCCAGGCGCCUGGCUACGGGUCGUCCUCGAGAAGCCCUUCGGCCAUGACCACCUCUCCGCUCAGCAGCUGGCCGCGGAGCUUGGAAGCUUUUUCCGAGAGGAGGAGAUGUACCGCGUGGACCAUUACCUGGGCAAGCAGGCCGUGGCUCAGAUCCUGCCUUUCCGAGACCAGAACCGCAAGGCCCUGGACGGCCUCUGGAACCGGCACCACGUGGAGCGGGUGGAGAUCAUCAUGAAGGAGACGGUGGACGCAGAGGGCCGCACCGGCUUCUACGAGGAGUACGGCGUCAUUCGUGACGUGCUCCAGAACCACCUGACCGAGGUCCUCACCCUUGUGGCCAUGGAGCUGCCCCACAACACCAGCAGCCCCGAGUCCAUGCUCCAGCACAAGCUGCGCACCUUCCAGGCCCUGCGGGGCCUGCAGAAGGGCAGCGCCGUCCUGGGCCAGUACCAGGCGUACAGCGAGCAGGUGCGCAGAGAGCAGCAGAAGCCUGACACCUUCCACAGCCGGACGCCCACCUUUGCAGGCAUCCUUGUGCACAUAGACAGCCUUCGCUGGGAGGGUGUCCCGUUCAUCCUGAUGUCCGGCAAAGCCCUGGACGAGAGAGUGGGCUACGUCCGCAUCUUGUUCAGGAACCAGGCCUACUGUGUGCAGAACGACAAGCGCUGGGUCGCUGAGCAGAGCCAGUGCCUCCCUCGGCAGAUCAUCUUCUACAUUGGACACGGCGAGCUGGGCGGCCCCGCCGUGCUGGUCAGUCGGAACCUGUUCAGGCCCUCCCUGCCCCCCGAGAGCUGGAAGGAGCUGGAAGGCCGCCCGGGGCUCCACCUCUUCGGCCGCCCUCUGUCCGAUUACUACGCCUACGGCCCCGUGAGGGAGCAGGACGCCUACUCCGUCCUCAUAUCCCGAAUCUUCCACGGCCGGAAGGACUCCUUCAUCACCACGGAGAACUUGCUGGCCUCCUGGGCCUUCUGGACGCCCUUGCUGGACAGCCUGGCCCACGAGGUCCCACGCCUCUACCCAGGGGGCGCCGAGAACGGGCCCCUGCUGGACUUCGAGUUCCGUGGCGCCCAGCUGCACUUCUCGCAGCGGCAGCCCGAGCAGCUGGUGCCGGGGCCCGGCCCUGCGCUGCUGCCCAGUGACUUCCAGGUCCUCAGGGCCACGUACCGGGACAGCCCGCUGAUCUCGGCCUGGCCCGAGGAGCUGAUCGCGAAGCUGGCCGACGACAUCGAGGCCGCUGCCGUGCGGGCCGUGCGGCGUGUCGGCACCUUCCACCUGGCCCUGUCGGGCGGCUCGAGCCCUGUGGCCCUGUUCCAGCAGCUGGCCAGCGGGCACUUCGGCUUCCCCUGGGCCCGCACGCACCUGUGGCUGGUGGACGAGCGCUGCGUCCCGCUCUGGGACCCCGAGUCCAACUUCCAGGGCCUGCAGGCCCACCUGCUGCAGCACAUCAGGGUCCCCUACUACAACGUCCACCCCAUGCCCGUGCACCUGCACCAGCGGCUCUGCGCCGCGGAGGACCGGGGCGCCCAGAUGUACGCCGGCGAGAUCUCCGCCCUGGUGGCCAACAGCAGCUUCGACCUGGUGCUGCUGGGCAUGGGCAUGGAUGGGCACACGGCCUCCCUCUUCCCGCACUCGCCCACCGGCCUGGACGGCGAGCCGCUGGUCGUGCUGACCGAGAGCCCCUCGGGGCCCCAGCAGCGCAUGAGCCUCAGCCUGCCCCUCAUCAACCGCGCCCGGAAGGUGGCGGUCCUGGUCAUGGGCCGGGUGAAGCGCGAGAUCACCAUGCUGGUGAGCCGCGUGGGCCACGAGCCCAAGAAUUGGCCCAUUUCGGGCGUCCUGCCUAGUUCCGGCCAGCUGGUCUGGUACAUGGACUACGAGGCGUUUCUGGGAUGAGGGCGCCUUUGGCCUUGGCUCACUCCCACGCUCGCUUUCCCUCAACUGCUCCCCUCUCCUCAGUCCUGCCACCUGCCCUGGCCGUCUGGAACCAUCUGGAACCCGAUGCCUCGGGGCUAGGCCGCCAGAGAGGAAAGGACGAGGCCUCGUCCCCAUCCCUUUGACAGUCCCUGUCUAGUCGUGUGGGCAGACACAGACGCGAGGAAGAAACUGAGUCUCUGCUCUUGGGAAGUUUCCAGUCUGGUUCAGGAGAGGAGUCUCCACCUUCAGAACAUACCUGUGGCAGUUCCACAUUAACACCAGCAGCACAAAACAGGACAGCGGGAAAGCUCCCUGCUUCAGCAAGAAUGCAGUGGUGAGGGUUCAUCCAGGAAGGCUUCCUGGAUGGGGUGGCCCUUGAGCCUGCUCCCAUGGAAAGGAAGGCUGCAGAUGGUGGAUGGUGGAGAGAAGGGAACGCAGGUGUCCAUUGGGUGCAGGGCCUGCACAGAGCAGGAUGGGAACUGUUUGGAGACAUCGGGUUGGCCGAGUGCCCGUUUCUUCUGUCCCCUCCUCCCCUUCUCCGGAGCCCCUGACACUUAGCCUGCUGUUCGGGCCUCUUUGUGGCUGUCUCUCCUGCUCUCUGUCUCUCUGGGUUCCCUUCUCCUCAGUUCUGACGAUGGUGGGGGUCCCUUCCCAUCCCCUCUGUCUCUCUGCUGUCCCCCCAGACGAGUGACACAGCACCAAAUACUAGGAAGUGGAAAGAAAUCUCCCACCUGGUGUUUGGAGCUCCCUUCCUCCAUGUGGGGGGAGGUCCCCUGCCCGCCCGCCACCCCCAGCUGCCCCCCUGUGUGAUGCACAGUGGGCAGAGAUGGUCAUUCCAGGGAUCCCUCGCUUAAGAGGGUCCUUUAUACCUCAGGGGACUUGCAGGGGGCGUUUCCGCUCUCAAUGUACCCUCUUGCUUUACCAGUAAAGAUCCACUUAAGUCUUUAAGUCUUUCUCUGGUGGUGACACGUCAUCUGUGGGGACAGAUGCCAUGUAAACGGUCUACACCAUCCAGAGGCUCUGAUCUGACCAAACGGGAACGAGGUCUUCUCUCGGGGGGCAGGGGCGGCUGCAGCUCCCUGGCAGUGCUGGCCACCUAGAACCUUCUCAGGGAUGUGGCUGGUUCAUGGGGCCACAGUGUAGGGGAGGGCAGGCGGCCCACCCACCUCUCCUCCCCCUCCCGGCCCCCCGUGGUCGGAGCUGGAUGGAGCCGCCUACUUGCUGUCUCCCGGCCCCCCCUGCCAACACGCUGCAGAAGAGCUGGGGAGAAAGGAUGAGGUAGCUUCUCUUUAAGAGGAGGGGGGUUCUCUGUUCCUGAUUAGGUGGGUCCGUCAUACCUGUUUUCCUGAAACCCCCAAGUUUGGAGGGGGGUCUCUGAAAUUAUUUUAAAAAAUAUUCUCACACAUUUGAUUUUUAUUCCAGCUUCCCACAGAGUCACACCCCCAAGACCGGACAGUAAAGGGAUCAGACCGAUGACUCUGA